CCAGUUCGGCUCAGAGAUGACCCAGUCUCGGAGCGUCAGUUUGUCCUCUGAGGGCUGCCCGACCUCCCCGGACCCUGAGGAUGUGGACUCGGACGAGCUGAUGGGCUCCCAGUCCCGCCGCUGGCUGGCGGACCUGCUGGCGGCCGACAUGCCCCCUCGGAGCGGGGACGUGAGCGCGGUGGGUCGGGACGGGCUCUUCGUGGACCACCACUUCCCUGUGGGGGAGCUGGAGAUGCAGACAGGGGUACGGUGGAAGCGACCAACGGAGCUCUGUUCCUCGCCUCAGUUCAUCGUCGAUGGAGCUUCACGACUCGACAUCUGCCAGGGAAAACUCAGUGACUGCUGGGUGCUCUCUGCUAUAGCCUCUCUGGCGGUGCAUCCAACGCUGCUGAAGAAGGUGGUGCCUCUGAACCAGAGCUUCCAGGAUGGUUACAACGGCAGCUUCAUCUUCAGAUUCUGGCAGUACGGAGAGUGGGAGGAGGUGAGGGUCGACGACUUGCUGCCGACGCAGGGAGACAAGCUGAUUUACCUCAGCUCGCCUGAGAAAAAAGAGUUCUGGAGCUCACUGCUGGAGAAGGCCUAUGCCAAGUUAAUGGGAUCCUACGGGAGCCUGAAGGGGGGCAACAUCUCGGAGGGGAUGGAGGAUUUUACAGGAGGCAUUGCGUACUCCCUCCCAGUCAAAUCCCACACUCCUGCCGUUCUCUGGAGGUCUCUGGGUGCUUCCCUGUCGCGAGGCAGCCUGCUCAGCUGCUUCAUCCAGGCUCAAAGCUACCGGGAGGUUGGCCAGGUGACGGCAGACGGGCUGGUGAAGGGUCACGCAUACGCCAUCACUGACACCGACAAGGUGAAGGCAGGACAGGAUGAGGUUUUGUUGCUGAGGCUGAGGAACCCCUGGGGUUUCAUUGAAUUCUGUGGCUCCUGGAGCGACAAGUGUAAGGAGUGGGAGGUCAUGGAGCAGUCAGAGAAAGAAAGAAUUGAGCUGAAAAUACAAGAGGAUGGAGAGUUCUGGAUCAGCGUCGACGACUUCAGCAAAACUUUUAACGUGGUGGAGCUCUGCAGUGUUAGUCCUGACUCUUUGGAUGACGUGGACAYGCCCUCCACUCAGUCCACCUGGACCAUCAGCGAGCACAAAGGGUCCUGGGUACCAGGAAGCACCGCUGGGGGCUCCCGCAAAUACAACAAGUCCUUCUGGAAGAAUCCUCAGUUCCAGCUGGUGCUCCGAGAGCAGGACCAAGAUGAGGAGGAGGAGGACGAAGAAGACCAGGUGGAUGAGGAGGAUGAACUUGACGAGGGGGAUGAGGUGAUUACCGAAGAGAAGAAGAAAGCAGAGAAACAGAAGCAAAGAGCCAAGCACUGCACGGUUCUGGUGGARCUGCUGCAGAAGAACCGCAGGCAGAAAGACAAAACCAACUUCUUGUACAUUGGUUUCCACGUCUACAAGGUUCCUCCUGAGAUGCAAGGCGCCUGUCUGAGCCGCAACUUCUUCAUGCAGAAUCGACCCGUGGGUCGUUCUGGGUCGUACAAAGCUCAUAG